AUGGCACAGGGCGCAGUCAAGAAGUCCAAGCCCGCUGCGGCGCCCAGGAAACCCUCAAAGACCGGCCCUAGGCCUGGCCAAAAGGUCAUCAAGCCCAAGAAAGCGAGCCUGAUCCAGCAGAACAAGAUCAAGAAGAAGAGCGCCGCCGGCCUUGUUGGCACGACCGAGAAAUUCCUCGCCGAGAAGGCCGGCCACCUGGAGAUAUUGAGGGGUGGAAAGAAGGAUAAGAAGGAGGGCGCAAAG